AUGGUGCUUUUUACUCGGUGUGAAAAGGCAAGAAAGGAGAAACUCGCCGCUGGUUAUAAGCCCUUAGUUGAUUAUUUGAUUGAUUGUGAUACUCCCACAUUUUUAGAAAGAAUUGAGGCAAUCCAAGAGUGGGACCGAUCCAGAGAUGAUCUUUAUGUUUGGAUUCCCAUUCUAGACAGAAUGGACGGGCUGUUGUUAAAAGUGGCAGAGAAAUAUAAAUACAAGCAAGACCCCAAGAAGGAGUGUGAAGUCAAAUUGGUGGAAAUGGAAGCGCAUGAUGUUGAUUAUUGUUUGAAAAUGCUAAAGUUUACUCGUCGACUACUUCUAAAUACAGAAAACAGGUUUGUUUAUUCAUCUGGAGAUGUUUUAAUGUAUCUACUGAAUUGUCCGAAUUUUACAAUAAAACUAGCGGUCAUGCGAAUUUUAGCCAUUUUAGGGGAAAGGUUUGUGAUUGCGAGAGAAAAAAUAGUUGCACAUAACAUAUUUGGAGAUCACAACCUCAGGAAAAAAACUCUCAAACUAGCUUUAUCUCUGUCAUCUUCCGUCAUGGAUGAAGACGGAGAGCACUUUUCUCUUGUCGAUCUAUAUUUUGAUAAGAAAAAAGUGCCUCAAAAAUGGAGAAAGUUGAGAUUUACACAUUAUACUUCAAACGACUUUAAAAAGUCAAGCCAGCAAAAAAAUAACAUUAAUGAAACCCAAACUUCCAUUAAGAAGGUAACUAUGACGACCCAAGAACUGUGUGAACACUCACUACAGCAAAUAUUUGAUAAGGGUAUGGCCCUUUUACCCGCAGAAAGUUGGUUUGAUUUCUCAAUAAAAGCUUCGGUGGCGAAGGCCUUCAGUGAUGAUUCAGGUGAAAAUAUAGAUUUGAGAAAUAUAAUUAUUGAAACAAAACUGAAUGCUAUUGCAUUUGUUAACACCAUUUUCUCGCCUCCUCAAGUAAGCUCGAAGUUAUUUGAAUUAGAUCCGUAUGCUUUUAAUAGUCUAACUGAUUUGAUAUCGUUGUCUGAAACCAAAAUACCAAAAGAGCUAAGAACGGAUGCUUUAUUCACAUUGGAAUGUAUAUCCUUGAAGCAUGUCUGGUGCUCAGACAUUAUCAGAAAUCUCGGUGGUAACAUAUCGCAUGGUCUGUUGUUUCAGAUUCUCCGUUACAUUGCCAAGACAUUGAGAGAAGCGACAGACGAAAUCGAUGAAGAAUAUAAUGUGAGGUUCUUUUACUUGAUAUCAAAUUUAGCUGACGUUAAGCCUUUGCAUGAAUCUCUUUUCGCCGCGGGUUUAAUACCUACUUUAUUGGAAAUUGUAUCUAUAAGAAAUUGCCCAUAUAAGCGUACCCUCGCAUCUGCUACCCAUCUCCUAGAAACAUUUAUAGAUAACAGUGAAACUACCACUGAAUUUAUCGAAAAUGAUGGGUUUACUAUGCUGAUCACUUCAGUCGCCAAUGAGAUUGAUUUCACGCUUGCACAUCCAGAGACGUGGCAACCGCCAAAAUAUUCAGUGGUUUAUUAUUCAAUUUCUUUUAGGGAGUUGGCAUAUAUUAGAAGUUUAUUGAAACUCGUUCUCAAAUUAUUAAGCACAGACUCAGGGGAUAGAAUUAGAAAUUUAAUAGAUUCGCCGAUACUUGUUUCAUUAAAGAAAAUCCUAGAAAAUAAACUUGUAUUCGGUUUAACAUUAAUAACUUACACUCUGGAUGUAGUUCAGAAAGUAAUAAAUAGUGAGCCUACUAUUUAUCCUGUUCUGGUUGAAGCAGGACUUAUUCCAUAUGUUAUCGAUAAUUUUCCAAAGUUAAUUGGGCCUUCCGCCGAAUUAUUAAGUUUACUUCCAGAUGUCGUUUCUGCCAUAUGCUUGAAUCCAGAAGGGCUGAAGCAAGUUAAAGAAAAGGGUCUCAUAAACAAUUUGUUUGAUUUCUUACUCGAUGCUGACCACGCGCGUAUAUUAACAGGUGGAGAUCGUUCUACGGAAUAUGGUACUGACAUUGAUGAAUUAGCAAGACAUUAUCCAGACUUAAAGGCAAAUAUCGUGGAGGCUUUGUGUAACGUCAUCAGAAAAAUGCCAAGUACCUUUAGAAAUGAAAGAGAGUUUCUUUUUACUUCACCAAAAGAUCAAAAGUACUUUUUUCACAGAAAAAAUGAGGAAAUAUUGACAGAUAAAGAGGAACAUGAACCUGCAUACUGGGAGCUAUUAGAUAAGGGAACUAUGCUGGACACAUUUACCAGUGUUUUGUUUGGUAUGUCUUUAGGAAAUGGUUCUUUUUCACAGGUGCCACAACAUCUGGAAGCGAGAGAUUUUCUGGCAAUAAUAUUUAUGGAAAAUCCUCCUUAUGAAUACUUUACCUCCGUGGCAAUCUCAAAUGUUACUGAGGUCCUCCAGUAUCUGGAUGAAAAAUACGAAGACUACGCAUUCAUGGAUGUUAUGAAAGUAUUGAACGAUCAAUUGGAGAACCUGAAUGAUUUUUUGAAUAGUCCAAAUGAUAGAAGUUUCUUUUUAGAAAGAGAUGGGGAAAACUCGGUGCGUUCAUGCCAUUCAAAACUUUGUCGACUUGCCGCUAUUUUGAACAUUGUUACGAAUGUAUACAUUGACCUCACUACCUUAUCUUGUAAGAGAAUCAUGCAGAUCUAUUCUUAUUUUGACAAAAGAGGAUUUUCUUUAAUUAAAAACUUAAAGUUGCUAUUCCAGAAAUGUGCGUUGGAGGAAAUGUACAUACGCCAACAUAUGCCAGAUUCUGUUAUUACAGAAACAAUGCCGUUGCCUAUAGUGGAUGUUUCCGGAGAUGGACCACCACUUCAAAUUUAUAUCGAUGACCCAAAAAAGGGUGAUCAAAAGGGGAAAAUUACCAGCGUAAAAACGAGAAAUACUCUUCAAAUGCGAACAAUACUGUAUACAUUACAAUCAAAUACUGCAAUUCUAUUUCGCUGCUUUUUAAGGUUAAGCCACUCUAGGAAUAUGGAUCUAGAGCAUAAAGAUUUGACGACAGAAGUUCAUAUAUUUGAGAACGUUGUUGAAAAUGUUAUUGAAAUGUUGAAGGCCACCGAACUCGAAGGUCAUCUACCGUAUAUUCUCGUUUUAUUAAACUUCAACACCUUUGUGUUUACUAUUCCAAAGGCUUCCCCUAAUUCCACUGAAAUAUUACAAACAAUACCGGCUUAUAUUUUCUAUCAAAAGGGGGGCUAUUUACUUUAUUUGCACAUUAUAAGGGAUCUCUUUACGAGAAUGACAAAAAUAAAAGAUUUAUCCUCACUUGAUAACAUAAACUACAUAGAUGAGUCCAACGGUAUCCUAACCUUAAGCUGUUUAAUUAAUGCUCUCACCUUUUACAACAAAUCAAUGCAAACUGAAACCAUGGAGAAUGUCCAAAGUAUUGGUAAGUAUUACGUUUCAAUAGAUGACGAUUAUAAUAUUAUGAAAGCUUUAACAGUUCCUAUUAAGGUAAUGGCUCUCGCAAUGAUUUUAGAUUUGGAUAAAUCGGAUAGCCUCUUCAAGACACAGUCCCGUAAUGUGCCUUACUCAGUUUUCAAGCAACUUCUUAGUAUGCUCAAAAAUAUAUUCACUAAUGUGAACAUCUAUACCAAGGAAUUAUAUGAAUUGCAUUGGGACCUAAUAUUCCCACCAAUUAAAAAAAUUAGCUUGUUUGAGCAAGUCGGCAUUCCCGGUGAUGUUGCGGCAAACUAUUUAACAGAUACUGGUGAUGAUCUUCCUGCAGAUAACAGUAUUGGCCUGUUUUCGCCUGAACAAUGGGAAAAAUAUAAAAAAUUAAUCGGUGAAGAUAAAUCCAUCUACUAUCCACAACCAAUGCAAGCUCAGUAUUACAAAGGAUGUUCCUCAAAAGAAUUAGAUGAGCUGAGAGAUACCUUUUUCAAUGACGGUUUACCAUCUAGGAUCUUCACUGUACUCCCUUUCUAUCCUAAACUUGUAAACGCGUUUGCAAAAACUUUGCUACAAAUUUUUACGAAAUACGAUGAACCCACUGAAGUGUUUGCUGGUAGAAUCUUAGAUCGAAUUUUAGAGACAGAUCUAGAUGACCCUGCUACUUUAUCUUCCUUAAUCCAUUUAUUUGGUAUAUUCCUGAACGAGAAAUAUAUUUAUCAAAAGGCUUCGCAUUUAAUGCAAAGGUUCAUUGAAUAUCUUGAGAAGUCUCUGAAGCCAGAACAUGUUAAUACGCCUUGGUUUUCGAAAGCUCUUUACGUUUACGAAAUUAUACUGGCGAAAUCUGAGCUUCCACACCUCGAAGAGCUUUCCAAGGAUGUUCUUCUGAGAUAUCCAUUGCUUUCCAUGGCGAAAGUCUUUCGCAUACCAGACCCUAUGAAGCAGAAAUUAUUUGACAUACUGAUCAGAGUUUCUGAUAUUUCCAAUUUUUAUUCUGCACUGGCAACAUCACGCAUACUUAUUUUCUACUCUAGGGAUGAGUUGUAUGCUAACAACAUAGCUAGAUCGGGAAUAUUAUCUAGAUUGUUGAAAGUAAUUGGAAGUUUCCAAAAACUAGACAAAAUAAACUUUUUAGAGUCAUCUUUCCUUUUAUUAACCAGGAGAUGUUUUGAAACGACUGAAAAUGUUGAUGCUUUAAUACGUGCAGAAAUUAAUAGAAGCUUUACAGCAAGACCGUUAGGUGGUGGGGAUGAUGCUGUACGUGAGUUAACCACUAUUCUAGAAGAAAAGGCGCAUGUGGUCAUGCGUAGUCCCUCUCAAUUUAUUGACGUUCUUUGCGAAACAGCUCGGUUCCAUGAAUUUGAUGAUCAAGGUGCGUUGGUUGAUUACUCAUUGAAAAGAUUUCUUGGUGAAAAAGAUAAGAAUACGCAAGCCUCAAGUACAGAAAAAUCAGAUAUCUACGAGAGAACGGGGAUCAUGCAUUUAUUACUGUCACAACUUAUGGCUGCUUCUGAGAAAGACUGGUUGUCUGAACCGGCCAACUCCUCGGAUUUGCCUGAGAACAAAAAAGCCCAAUUGGACCCAUCAAGAAAUCCUGUAUGUGCUUACAUGAUUUUUCUUUUGAAGCUUUUGGUCGAGUUAGUUAGCAGUUACAAUCAAUGUAAAUUUGAGUUCUUAACUUUCAGUAGAAGAAACACAUAUGCAGAACGCCCCAGACCAAGAACAACUGCUAUUAACUUUUUCCUUUAUAGAUUAUUAGACAAACCUGUCGGAACUGACCACGAUAAGCAUGAAGCUAAAAGAAGAGAGGUUAUUGGAAUGCUAGCACGUUCCGUAAUUAUUGGUUUCUUGGCUACUGUUCAAGAUGAUAGGACGACCAAGACUGACGUCAAGCUUGCUGAUCCUCACAUGAACUUUAUUAGAAAAUUUGCCAUUGAAGCGAUUAUAAAAGCCAUUCGCAACGCCACUUCCUCUUCUAAACUUUUGGAAAGUAAUCAUUUAAAGUUAGAUAUGUGGUUUAGAAUCAUUACAUCGAUGGUUUAUGUCCAGGCUCCAUAUCUUCGCCAACUACUUGAUUCAAAUAAAGUUGAGGCAGAUCAGUACCAAUUGUGCAAACUGGUUAUAGACCUCGGUCUUCCGUCAGUUAUCACGGAAGCCAUGGCCAGUAUAGACUUAAACUAUCCUUUUUCCAAAAAGAUUUUCAACGUCGCUGUUGAAGCUCUAAACACAAUUAGUUCGACAAGGAACAAUUUUUCUGAGCACUUCAAAAUUGAAGAUCAUGAUGAAGUUGAAGACGAGGUUGACGAGUCUGAUAAGGAAGAGAUCCCGGAUAUGUUCAAAAACUCAGCGCUGGGAAUGUAUGACGUAGAGGACAUUGAAGAAGACGACGAUGACGACACAUCAUUAAUUGGAGACGAUGAUGCUAUGGCAUUUGUUGAUAGUGAUAACGGAUUUGAAGUAGUAUUUAGUGACGAAGAUGAUGAUAUGGGAGAAGAAGAUGCAGAUGAUGCUCGUUCAGAUUCGGAAGAAAAUGAAUUAUCUUCUGAAAUGCAAUCAAGUACAGCGGACGGCACGGAUGUGGACUAUGAGGUUGAUGAUGCAGAUGGACUAAUUAUCAAUAUUGACCAGCCCUCAGGAGAUGAUGAAGAAAUGGCAGACUAUGAUGCUAACAUUAGCCAUUCUUCUCACAGUGAAAAUGAAGAUGACGCUUCAAUGGACGUCAUAGAAGUUUACGACGACGAGCUAAGUUCUGGAUAUGAUGUUGAUUUAAGCGAUUAUGACGUAGAUGAAUCUGAUUGGGACUCCGGGUUAUCCAGCCUAUCUAUUUCUGAUGAAGAUAGUGAAAGUAGCGAAGAUGAGCCUAUUAACUCCACCAGAAUGGGAGAUUCAAGAAGGAGAUGGCUGAUAGCUGAAGGCGUGGAGCUAACUGACGACUCGCAAGGUGAGAGUGAAGAAGAUGAUAGAGGUGUUUUCCGUGGUAUUGAACAUAUAUUUUCAAAUGAGAAUGAGCCUUUGUUUAGAGUUCAUGACGAAAUGCGUCAUAGAAACCAUCAUCGCUCAAUCAAUCGUACCCAUUUUCACUCUGCUAUGAGCGCCCCCUCUUUAAGCUUAUUAAAUCGUGGAAGAAGAAACCAAAGCAACCUAAUAAAUCCACUAGGGCCUACAGGAUUGGAACAAGUGGAGAACGAUAUUUCAGAUCAGGUGACUGUUGCUGGUUCAGGCUCUCGCCCAAGAUCACAUCAUCUUCACUUUUCGGAAGUUCUAGUCUCAGGCAGCUUUUUUGAUGAACCUGUCUUAGAUGGCAUAAUUUUAAAGUCUACGGUAUCCAGAUGGAAGGAUAUAUUCGACAUGUUUUACGACUCUAAGACUUACGCUAACUGUAUUAUUCCUACUGUUAUCAACAGAUUAUACAAGGUCAGUUUAGCUUUGCAAAAGGACUUGGAAAACAAACGUGAACAAGAGAAAUUGAAAAAUAAGAACCUACUAUUCAACGAGGCUAAAGUAGAAAGCCAUAACAGUUCUGAUGCUAUAUCGGUAGAACAAGACGAUAUACAAGAAAGCAAUGUUACUCAUGAUGACCACGAGCCUGUAUAUGUUACUAUUCAAGGUUCCGAGGUUGAUAUAGGUGGUACAGAUAUUGAUCCAGAAUUCAUGAAUGCAUUGCCUGAUGAUAUAAGAGCCGAUGUCUUUGCACAACAUGUUAGAGAAAGAAGAGCAGAAGCUAGGCUAAAUUCUGAUCAUAACGUACACUCCAGAGAAAUCGAUUCCGAUUUUCUGGAAGCAAUUCCUGAAGACAUCAGAGAAGGAAUAUUGGAUACUGAGGCAGAGGAACAGAGAAUGUUUGGUAGAAUUGGCUCUUCGGCCGAUGUGAUUAGAGCAGACGACGACGUUAGCAACAAUGACGAAGAAGUUGAAAACGGUUUGGAUCAUGGAAAUAGUAAUGAUCGCAAUAACGCCGACCCUGAAAAGAAAAAACCGGCUAGAAUAUACUUUGCACCAUUAAUUGAUCGUGCCGGGAUUGCCUCAUUGAUGAAAUCUGUGUUUAUUUCGAAACCUUAUAUUCAGCGUGAAAUUUAUCAUGAGCUUUUCUACCGUUUAUGUUCUAGCAAACAAAAUAGAAAUGAUUUGAUGAAUACAUUUUUAUUUAUACUAAGUGAAGGUAUCAUAGAUCAGCACUCUUUGGAAAAGGUUUAUAACAUUAUUUCCAGCAGGGCAAUGGGGCACGCAAAAACCACGACCGUUAGACAGUUACCAUCAGAUUGUACCCCGCUAACAGUGGCUAAUCAAACUAUCGAAAUUUUGCAAAGUCUAAUUGACGCGGAUUCUAGGCUAAAAUACUUCCUGAUUGCAGAACAUGACAACCUGAUAGUGAACAAAGCUAAUAACAAAUCUAGGAAAGAAGCCUUACCUGACAAAAAAUUAAGAUGGCCUUUAUGGCAUUUAUUCUCACUUUUAGAUAGAAAGCUCAUUACAGACGAAAGCGUAUUGAUGGAUUUGUUAACAAGAAUAUUACAAGUUUGUACUAAAACAUUGGCUGUCCUUUCUACAAGUUCAAAUGGUAAAGAAAAUUUAAGCAAAAAGUUUCAUUUACCUAGUUUUGAUGAGGAUGAUCUCAUGAAAAUUUUAUCCAUCAUUAUGCUUGAUAGUUGUACUACAAGAGUAUUUCAACAAACACUUAAUAUAAUUUACAACCUCUCUAAAUUACAAGGCUGUAUGUCCAUUUUCACGAAACAUUUGGUAUCUUUAGCUAUCAGCAUAAUGAGUAAAUUAAAGAGUGCUCUCGAUGGGCUAUCACGUGAAGUAGGCACUAUCACCACCGGAAUGGAGAUCAAUUCAGAGCUGUUACAGAAAUUUACCCUUCCAAGUUCUGAUCAAGCUAAAUUAUUGAAAAUUUUAACUACGGUUGAUUUUCUUUACACUCACAAAAGAAAAGAGGAAGAGCGCAACGUUAAAGACCUUCAAUCUUUAUAUGAUAAGAUGAACGGCGGACCAGUGUGGUCCUCAUUGAGUGAGUGCUUAUCUCAAUUUGAAAAGAGUCAAGCCAUCAACACUUCAGCCACAAUCUUACUUCCGUUGAUCGAAUCACUUAUGGUUGUAUGCAGGCGUAGUGACUUAAGUCAAAAUAGAAACACUGCAGUCAAAUAUGAAGAUGCUAAAUUAUUGGAUUUUUCCAAAACACGUGUCGAAAACUUAUUUUUCCCAUUUACAGACGCACACAAGAAGUUGUUGAAUCAAAUGAUUCGUUCAAAUCCAAAACUGAUGAGUGGUCCUUUCGCAUUAUUGGUCAAGAAUCCAAAAGUUUUGGAUUUUGACAACAAAAGAUAUUUCUUCAAUGCCAAAUUGAAGUCUGAUAAUCAAGAGCGUCCUAAAUUACCUAUUACCGUUCGCCGUGAGCAGGUUUUCUUGGACUCUUAUCGAGCCUUAUUUUUCAAGACAAACGAUGAAAUCAAGAAUUCUAAAUUAGAGAUAACAUUCAAAGGAGAAAGUGGUGUCGAUGCCGGUGGGGUAACCAGAGAAUGGUACCAAGUACUAUCGAGACAGAUGUUCAACCCUGAUUAUGCUCUUUUUCUUCCUGUACCAUCGGAUAAAACUACUUUCCAUCCUAAUCGGACAUCAGGUAUCAACCCUGAGCACCUUUCUUUCUUUAAAUUUAUCGGGAUGAUUAUAGGGAAAGCAAUUAGAGACCAAUGCUUUUUGGAUUGCCAUUUUAGUCGUGAAGUAUACAAGAAUAUUUUGGGUAGGCCUGUAUCAUUGAAGGAUAUGGAGUCUCUUGAUCCAGAUUAUUAUAAAUCAUUGGUGUGGAUUCUUGAAAACGAUAUCACAGAUAUUAUAGAGGAAACUUUUUCUGUUGAAACUGAUGAUUAUGGUGAACAUAAAGUUAUCAAUUUGAUUGAGGGGGGCAAGGAUAUAAUAGUUACAGAGGCCAAUAAACAGGAUUAUGUGAAAAAGGUUGUCGAAUAUAAACUUCAGACAUCUGUUAAGGAACAAAUGGAUAACUUUUUAGUGGGUUUCUAUGCCCUUAUAUCCAAAGAUCUCAUUACAAUAUUUGAUGAGCAGGAAUUGGAGUUAUUAAUCAGCGGUUUGCCUGAUAUUGAUGUCGACGACUGGAAAAACAAUACUACUUAUGUUAAUUACACCGCAACCUGUAAGGAAGUGAGUUAUUUUUGGAGGGCAGUUAGAUCCUUCGACGCUGAAGAACGUGCCAAGUUGUUGCAGUUUGUUACCGGUACUAGUAAAGUUCCUCUAAAUGGGUUUAAGGAACUAAGCGGUGUCAACGGUGUUUGUAAAUUUUCCAUCCAUCGUGAUUUUGGUUCAUCAGAAAGACUACCAUCAUCACAUACCUGUUUCAAUCAACUGAAUUUACCUCCUUAUGAAUCAUAUGAGACAUUGCGUGGUUCACUAUUAUUGGCAAUCAAUGAAGGGCAUGAAGGGUUUGGUCUUGCCUGA